CUCGUUUGAAAUGUGUUAAGUUAGUCAUCCCAUGUUGAAAUGGAUACACAUUGUGAUACUCCUGAACUAAGACAGGACCUCUCAUCACCUCAUAUUGACAUUCUGGAGCUUCUUCUCGGCAAACUAACAGAAUGCAGAAGGGGCUCCCUGAAACGCUGCAAAGAGCGUUCGCUCCAGGAAGCUUUCAAACUUCUCAAAGAAAGAGUUCGGUUGGAGUCUUUGGAGAGGUCGCAGCUUCUCUCACUCGUGAAACUUCUUGUUGCUGUUCAGAUGGAAGCGGUUAACAUUCCUGUGCUUUGUCGAAAACUUGACCAGAUGGUCCAGUUCAUUGGUGAAAUGAAUUCAGAUAUUGUUUAUGAAGAGAUUCACCAACACAUUAAUACCUUAAUACACAGCGAUCAGAUUAUGUCAAUUGGGGAUCUCCAGUUAGUGUCUAUGUUCCUGGAGAGUAGCACUCUUGGCCUAGGAAUUUUAAGACGAGAGAUCCAUUGUCUACUUGCUAAAGUUGCUGAAGUCUUUGUGUCUUCUCAAGAAGACAAUGUUUUGAGAAAUGAAGGUUUAUGUUACCAGGCUGUCAAGGUGUGUCUUCAGAUUUUUCAGUUGUUGCCCAAAGAAGUGUCAUCUAUGGUGUUUGGGACAGAACAAGCGAACCCAGUUUUGACCAGCAUUUUGGGGUUUCUCAUGGACAUCAUUCUUGGAUGGAGUGUCAACAAAGACACACGACUUUUGGCAGGCACUGCAGUGGCCAUGCUUAUUAACACUGCUCCAGAGGAAAAAGUUGGAAGGAUGGCUGCAUGGUCCCUCCUUCAGUUCACUAGACCAGAACCCUGGAAACUGACCCUGGGAGAACUUCAGGUAGAGUGUCAUUGCAGAACGAAGGAUAGAUGGGAGAGACUGGCUUUGAGCCGAGGUUUACUGACUGCCUGCAGAAAGGACAUUCUUGCCUUGCCUUACCUUGAUCCCAACAGGACUUGCCUUCUCUUGGAUAUGUUCCCUGUUGUUUCUGCUCUCUGUGAAGAGUCAUUAGAAGAUCACUACUAUGCAUUCCAAGUGUUUACCCUUUGGCUAAAAUGCCUAAAAGAGUGUCAGCCAUCUACAUGGGAGAUGGGCAAUGUGCCACUACUUGGACAAGGCUCAAGUCUUCAGCGCCAAGUCAUUGAAAUCAUAUGGAAAAAUGCACAGAGUCCAAUUGAGGGGAUCACCGACUCUGCUCGCAAUGCUCUGUGUCUAUUUCUGGAAAUGUAUGAAUUGGAUUGUCAACAUCAUGGUGAUGUUGAUAGGGUACUCUACUUGGAAAUGCUGCAUCGUAGUAUUGAGUUGCCUUGGGAGACCAAAGCCAAGUACUUGUUCCUCUGUGUUCUCCUGCCAUACUUUGGCUCUGAAGUGGUUUUAAAAAGUUAUUUUGAGUUUCCUGCUCAUCUCUUGAAAUGCCUCUCCACCAAUCAACUUUCUUCAUGUGCAUCUGAAUUCUAUAAAUUACUCAUUCAAGAGCUACGGAAAGAGUUAUGCAAAAAACAGGCGUCACCACCUUCAGAAUUUGAACUAGCCUCUACAUGGAGUAAAUAUUGGCAAGAAACUCUCCUGGAGGCAUUGACCUCAGAUGUGAAACUCUUGCAGACCAACGCAGUCAGCCACCUUCUACCCUGGACUCUGCGUACAUUUCCAUCUGCUCCAAUGAUGCUGUUGGAUUUUCUGGACCCCACUUCACAGGGGCAUCUUAAAGCAUGGACCUGUAUUAUGAGCACACACAGAGCCACCUGCGGAGAGUCUUUUUGGAUAUCUAAGGAAAGCCAUGCAUUUAAAACUUUGCAGAAUGCCCUGACUUGUCAUGAUGAUGGUGUUCGUUUGGCUGCUUUCAACUUGCUGUGCUGUAGUUCAAAAUCCAAGGAAAUGCCAAAUGAAUUGGAGUUCUCAGCGAUGAGGCAAUUUAUCCCUCUCAAUCUGAAUAGUGAGGCACCCCCUUUUCGGCAGCAAUUUUACUCUGCUGUGAAGAAGUUUCUCUGCAGAGUUAGAGACACUUGUUUAGCUAUAGUGCUAAAAACCAAGAGCAAGAUGGGCUUUUCUCCAGAGGACGAGAACACACUCUGCAAAGGCGUUGAGUUUGUGGAUUGGGUAGCAGAACUUGCCUUCCACUACUUAAAUCCUGGAAGCAAGUACCAGAGAAAGAAGACUGUUCUGUUACUGUUGUCUGCAGUGUUAGAGACUUGCUCUGACACCUGGAGCCCUGAAAAGAAAAAAGGGCAGCCGCCAGCAAAUAUAUCCAAUCUAAUCACUUGGGCCAGGUCAAAGGGAGGAUGGGACUUUUUUUCCAAGUCAAAACAACUGGCUCUUAUCAACUGUUUGGAGGACAUGACAAAUGAGUUAAGUUAAUAUCU